AUGUCCAUUGAGCCAGUGAUGCCAUGCAAUCAUCUCAUCCUCUGUCACCCCCUUCUCCUCUUGCCCUCACUCUUUCUCAGCCUCAGGGUCUUUUCCAUUGAGUCAGCUUUUCCCAUCAGGAGGCUAAAAUAUUGUAGCUUCAGCUUCAGCAUCAAUCCUUCCAAUGAAUAUUCAGGGUUGAUUUCCUUUAGGAUUGACUGGUUUGAUCUCUUUGCUACCCAAGGGACUCUCAAGAGUCUUCUCCAGCACCGCUGCUCAAAAGCACCAGUUCUUCGGCACUCAGUAUUCUUUAUGGUCCAACUCUCACAUCCAUACACGACUACUGGAAAAACCAUAGCUUUGACUAGACGGACUGUUAUCGGCAAAGUGAUGUCUCUGCUUUUUAGUAUGCUGUCUAGGUUGGUCAUAGCUUUUCUUCCAAGGAUCUUUUAA